UCUUAAAGUUGUCAAGGUUGAGAAACACUGAUCUAAAGGAUUUGCAACCCUUCCUGGUUUUGUGCCAUCUGCAAAUUUAAUAAAUGAUCCCCUUCAUCUGGUUUAGGAAUGCAGAGGCUGAAGACCCCAGAGCCUGAGAUAGGCUCUGCAGUGCUCAGUCCCCCACACUUAUGUGGAGCCCCAAGAACUCUCUAGGCACACCCUUUCCACCGUUUAGUUCAUUCUUUCCCUGCUGAAUUCUUUCGGCUGUUGAAAAACAUCUCGAACCGCGAGCUGGAAGUGGGACCUUUUCGCCUUUAUGCUUCUAGUCCUCUGAUGGGCUUUGUGAUACUUCAGCCACUGCUUCGCUGGGCUAAAUAUUUGGGAAUCUCUUCCUUUUCACCUGCUCACAUCUGAAGCACUCCAAGAGCAUGGCGGGGAGACAAGCCGCCACCCUGGGGCUUUACGCUCGACUGGGAAGUCAAACACGCUGAGGGGAGGCCGGGAACACGCCCUGUUGCCAAGCACAAGUCGGUGAAGUCACCAGAGCCAAGGUCAACUCAAAGGAGACUUGGCCUGCCUUAUCUGGCAGCGUAAUGGGAUGGGCCCCUCCAUCUCCCCCGCGUUCCCUUCCCCUCUUCUCUGGGACGCUGGGAAGGAACAGCCCCCACAGUCCCAAGGGACGGGUGUCUCCCUGCCAAUUCCUCCUCUUUUUCACGGCCGUAAGAUGCCAACAACGUAGGAAGGCAAAUAGAGUUUUUAAUGGUCCCAGCACACCGUGACUGGCACGGGCACAUUUGUGUUUCCGGUGCCCAAACUCUUCCUCCCUCCUGCUAUGGCGCAGGUGGUUUCCCAACCCUUGGCUCCCCCUAAGACCUUGGGGGAGAGAGUGAUGUUGAAUUUCUCUCCCCCCCCUUGUGACUGAUGGCAGGGAGACGGCCACUUUCAUUCGAUCAACACCGGGGACGGGGCUAGAAUCCGCCCAAGGCGACCCGGCUCUUCAACGGCAGCGGGAAGGGAGGUCCGCAUUCUCUUUCGACUCUCUUUGGCAGCGUUGGCCAGACGUGUCCCAGCAGCCUCUCGGCCACUCCCGAGGACCUAGACGGGGCUCCGUUGGCCCCCCUCUGGCUGCAGCGUUUGGGGCUUCUCUGCCGCUCCCACCCCAGGUCCCGUGCGAAGGAUGUACAGCCCGAAGAAGCAAUACGACAGCCCCCUGACCGGCUAUGGCCCCCCUGGGGAGGACUACGGGUAUGCCGUCCACUCACCGCCCCCGGGCUCCUACUACAUAGAGGAUGAGCCCCAGCAUUUCUACAAGUGGACCUCUCCCCCCAGCGUGGUGAGGAUCCUGGAGGGCGUGGGCAUCCUGCUCUGUGUGGCCAUCUUCGCCUGCGUGGCGUCCACCCUUGUCUGGGACUAUGGCUAUGGGGGGCUCUACGGCAACUCCAUGGGGGGCUACUAUGGGGGGGGCUACGGCAGCGGCCUGGGCGGCUACUACGGCGGCUAUGGCAUGGGCGGCUACUACGGAGGCAUGACCAACCCCCGCUCGGCCAACGGCUUCAUGAUUGCCAUGUCGGUGCUGUGCCUCAUCGCCCUGCUGGCCCUGGCCAUCACCAGCCUCACCAAGUCCCGGGGGGCCCGAUCCAGGAGGUUCUACUUGGUGGCCAUCAUCGUCUGCGCCAUCUUGGCCUUCCUCAUGUUGAUCGCCUCCAUUGUCUACAUCAUGGGGGUCAAUCCUCAGGCCCAGAUGUCGGGCAGCUACUACAACACCAACCCCAUGCUCGCCAUGUGCAACCAGGUGUACACCUCGGGAGCCUACUUCAACCAGUACCUCUACCAUUACUGCAUUGUGGACCCACAGGAGGCUAUCGCCAUUGUCUGCGGCUUCCUCUUGGUGAUCCUGCUGUGCGUCAUCUGCUUCUUCGCCCACAAGACGCGCCAAAAGAUCUGGCGGUUUGGGAAGCACAACAUUUACUGGGACCGGCCGCCGGCACCAGAGGAGGGUCCCAAUGUGGAGGAAUGGGUGAAGAACGUUGAUGACCGAGCCAGCCCCACCGAUACGGCCACCUUGGCGUACUCCGAGAAGCCCACCAGCCCCGUCAAUGCUCCCGCCAGCCCCCCCCACUACAGAGCUGUAGAGAACGACUACUCCCACGCGGAGGUCCAGAACAGGUCUGCUCUGGGCCUCCCCAGCUCGCCCUUCCACCCGUCCCCGGACAAGCGCGCUCGGACCUUGAGCUCCAGCACUUGGGAAGAGAAGACCCGGGGGAGCCCCAGCAAGCCCCCUGCCCGCAGGGGCAGGAGGGGGCGGAGGAGGAACCCGGAACUGGACGAGUCCCAGUACGAGACCGACUACACGACGGCGGUGGAGUCCAGCGACGAGCAGGACGCGGACGAGUGGGGCAGCCACUACCCGCCGAUCAUGUCCGACAAUGCCCGCCAGAAAUACAAGCAGGAUUUUGACACUGACCUCAAGCGCUACAAGCAGCUUUGUGCCGAGAUGGACGGCAUCAACGACCAGAUCAACCAGCUCAGCAAGCAACUGGACCACUUGUCAGAGGACACCCUCCAGUACCAGGGCGUGGCGGAGGAGUACAACCGCCUCAAGGACCUGAAGCGUACUCCAGACUACCAGAGCAAGAAAAUGGAGAGCAAGUCCCUGAGGAAGAAACUUUUCCACAUCAAGCGGAUGGUGAGCGAAUACGACAAGCAUCGAGGGUGAGCCUGGGGCAGGGCCCCGGGCCCCAGGCGAGAGGAGCCGAGGCCCAGCUUCCUCCUGGGGCCCUGAAGGACUGACUCCGAGCCACCAAGCAGCACCCUUUCCUCUCACCUGGCCGCCUUCCCUUUCGGUCCUCGGGGCGUUUGGCGAAGCCCCAGGGACUCCGCGGCCUUCGGGGCCCUGCCGGGACACUGCGGAGCCCAAAGAGGCCUGGAAGACCGGCUGGUCCUCCCCCAAAAGGCUGGGCUGCCAGUCCAGCUUCGUGAAUUUCCUUUUUGAUGCUGAUCUGUUUUUUCCUGUUUUGUGCCAAGAAGCUUGUCUAGUUCUGGGGCAAGUGGCGAUGACAGCGGGCAUGGACUAAAAGUGGCCUCUGCGGUUUUCCGCAUUCAGCUGCUGGGAACCGCUGCGGUUUGGGGCAAAUCAAGUUGGGGGAAAAAACCCCCACACGCAGAAUGGCAGGAGCAUGCAGCGAGAAGGGGGGUGGGAUAAAACAUCAAUGUUGCAGGUAGUGGCUUGUGGCACCUCAAAGGCGAGGAAACUUAUGGCAUGUAAGUUUCUCAGACCACAUCCUUCUGGAUGCGGGGAUUCCUUCCCGAGCUGCCGGAUGAGAUCGGUUGCAUCUGUAAAAGGAAGCGGGUCUUGCUCAGGCAGGCGGGCAGGCAGAGCACCACGCCGGGCAGUGACCCGUCUGCAUCCCUGCUCCAAACUACCGCAGAUCCUUGGUACCCCUCCUCCUCCCUUGUGCCCAGUCAUGGUGCCAACCUGCGUGUGGGGAGAGCGCUGCUCCCCCAAAGGGCCUGCUGUUGGAAACCUGCCCCGUCUUUGCGAUGCCACUGCAGAUUGUGUUCCUGCCCCAUUCCUGCAAAAAGCAGCCACGGAGUUGGCUCCAGAUAGCUCUGCUGGGGAGGGAGGGGCCCUCCGGGGGUCCCAAGCCCCACUUCUUUUCUUGACCCAUCUCAUCUGCUGUACCCCAGAAGGGGGUUCUGCCUUUGGAGCCAAGCAGCAGCUCAGGCACGGCCUGCUCUCGAGACCCGUUUGCCAAAGAGCCCCUGGGCGCCACGGCCAUGGGAAUCUCCAUCUGUUGGAGGGGGGAAUGUAUGUAUUGUGAAAAGGGGGAGGGGGGAACAGACCUUUUUUUAAAAACAAAAUAGUAAAGCUAUUCCUUUAAUAAACGUGGGAAAACCU